CUCUCAUCUUAGAUUUCAAUAUUACCACUCGGCAAUUAUCAUUUUAGUUAUAAAUCAAUUAUAAAAGCAGAAUAAGUUUUAUAGGUAAAUGUCAGUGUGUGUGAGAGUUCAUGACUGGGAAGACAUGGUAACAAGGUCAGCCAAUGAAUAGACAUGGCAACAAGGUCAGCCAAUGGAGACUGUUUGCUGAUUCAGACAGCUUAGCACUAGUCUGCUGAAUUGAAACCAAAAUGCUGCUGUUCUCUCCUCUGCCUGUGUUUGCUUGUACUCUCUACCACGUUGGAAGAAUCAGCCAUUGAUAAAAAGGAAUAUUAAAUUCACUUGGCGAAGCAUCUUCAGAGCACUGUGAGAAAGCACCAGGAAGACAAACAGUAAUAUAUUCAAGAAUGGAUACACAAAAAUUUAAAUUCUAAGGAGCAGUGAAAAGAAAUUCGGAAAUGAAGAUUCAACUCUUUCCUAAACUAGCAACUGAAUGCUCCCUGUGGCUCUUGUUAAAAGAGGGAAGAGAAUCCCGGAACUUGGUUUUACUGGUUGUGUUUGUGGCUCUGCUAGUAGACAAUAUGCUUUUCACAGUUGUGGUGCCAAUCAUCCCUUCAUUUCUAUAUGCUGCACACAAAAAUAUCAGCCACUCUGCAAUUCAGGCCACAUUUCCCAGGAUUCCUGUGCCUUUCUCAGCUGAUCCCUCUACUUCGGGCUUGUUGGACUAUGACAACAUCACAACAGUCUCAAGCCGUGAUACUCUAGUCAGUGUCAGUGGGAGCCAAGAAGGAACAAUUGCCUCCCCUUUCCCCAUGGAUGCUUUCAACCAUAGUUGUACAGCUGGAAUGGACUCUCUUUCAAAUGAAAAUGUUCGUGUUGGGCUGAUCUUUGCCUCAAAAGCUUUGAUGCAACUCAUAGCAAAUCCCUUUGUGGGACCCUUGACCAACAGGAUAGGAUACCAUAUCCCCAUGUUUUUUGGAUUUAUUAUUAUGUUCGUCUCUACACUAUUGUUUGCUUUUUCAAGGAGUUACACCUUGAUGUUCAUCGCUCGAGCACUGCAAGGCUUUGGUUCUUCCUGCUCAUCUGUUGCAGGUCUGGGGAUGCUUGCAAGUGUGUACCCUGAUGACUGUGAGAGGGGAAAUGCAAUGGGAAUAGCACUGGGAGGUCUGGCUUUGGGAGUGCUGGUGGGAGCUCCAUUUGGAAGUGUGAUGUAUGAGUUUGUUGGGAAAUCAUCUCCUUUUCUGAUCCUGGCAGUCUUGGCUCUCUUAGAUGGAGCUUUGCAGCUUUGUAUCCUGCACCCAACAAAGAUUUCACCCGAGAGUAUCAAAGGAACCUCCUUGAUGACCUUGUUGUGGGAUCCCUAUAUUUUGAUUGCAGCAGGUUCAAUUUGCUUUGGAAACAUGGGAGUUGCUAUUUUAGAGGCUACUUUGCCCAUUUGGAUGAUACAAACUAUGUGCUCCCCAGAAUGGCAACUUGGUGUAGCUUUUCUGCCCGCCAGUAUCUCUUAUCUAAUUGGGACCAAUCUCUUUGGGAUACUGGCCAAUAAAAUGGGGCGAUGGCUGUGUUCAUUGAUUGGGAUGAUGGUCAUAGGAGUCAGCCUCCUUUGUAUUCCCCUGGCUCAUAAUAUCUAUGGACUCAUUGGACCUAACAGUGGACUUGGUUUUGCCCUUGGCAUGGUGGAUUCAUCAAUGAUGCCUAUCAUGGGAUACUUGGUGGAUCUUCGCCAUACUUCUGUUUAUGGCAGCGUCUAUGCCAUUGCUGAUGUGGCUUUCUGUCUGGGCUUUGCUAUUGGUCCUUCUACAGGGGGUGCUCUCAUACGAGCCAUUGGCUUCCCUUGGCUCAUGGCCAUCAUUGCAGGGAUCAACUUUGCAUAUGCGCCUCUGUGUUGGUUUCUACGAAGUCCCCCAGCCAAAGAGGAGAAGAUUGCAAUUCUAAGCCAGGAGUGUUCCAUGCAGUUCAGAAGUUCCAUCACUCAAAAGACCCUUCAAGAGUUCCCACUCACAGACAACAGCGAUGAAGAAAACGAAACAGAUUUCUAAAAAGAGGGAUCCACUUUCCCCCUUCUUUCUCUCUUCCAAAUCCUCUUCUAUUAACUGUAUCCUGUAUUUUUCCCUGGCAAACUCCAUUGCUGUAGCUUGUUGAAUGACCAAAUAAGAAAAAACUCUGAGACAUUUCUUUCAGAAUGUUAUGGCUGUAAGUUGUUUAUUUAGGGAGUGAUUUUCAGUUCUGAGAGGGAGGCCUACUGUACUGUAGGCCUUUCUACCCUCAUCUCAGAACAAUAUUUGACAGAACUUUUUCUUAACACUCUUAGCUGCCUCACUGAUUUUAAUAGGAGCUUGCACAGCUUCCACAUGAUUGGCACUGUAGCAAAAUAUGCAUUGCAGAAAGAGAAAAAUUGCCCUCAAGUUGAGCUCAGCUUUUACAUGUCCUUGGAAUUUUCUCAGCAACAGUCUGAGAUACAUUUGUCCACUUCCCAUCAAUUCUGCAGCCCAACCCAGCUCCAAGCAUUUAUUGGCAGAGUGACAACUGUUAUAGAUUGUCAUGAUCUCUUAGUGAAAACAAAUGGCUCAUGAUGUCAUUGUGCAAAAUAUUAGGAGUGCAAAGUCUGACAUUUUUGACCUUCUCUCCUUCUCUUUUUAUUUUUGAUGAAUGUAUUUUAUUCUCCUUAUGCACACUGAGAGCAUAUACACCGAAGACAAAUUCCUUGUGUGUCCAAUCACACUUGGACAAUAAAGAAUUCUAUUCUAAUUCUAUUCUAUUACAGAUGCCUGUGUAUAAAUGAUGCUGGAAGCAUACUUGAAUGUUAGAGGCAGCAUUUCUCUCAUUCUCAAAAAUUUUGUUUUACACAGAUUUUGUGAUAUUUUGGGUAAUCCCAAUAAAGAUAUUUCUUAGUUAUGUUUUCCUUCCCA